AUGCCCCCUCCCCCUCCCCCUAUGAUGGCAGGGGGCCUCCCUCCUGGCGCCCCUGUCCCCAUGCAAGGGGUUAUGCCGGCGGGGAAGAGUCGUGAAGAUGUGAUGGACGAGAAGGCUAGGAAAUGGCAAGCUUUGAAUCAAAAACGUUAUUCUGAUAAGAGGAGAUUUGGUGGAGCUCAAGCUGGUGGACCUAUGGGUGCUGAGCAAAAACCCGACAUGCCUCCGGAGACGAUCCGAAAGAUCAUCAAGGACCACGGUAACAUGAGCCAGAAGAAAUUCCGUCACGAUAAGCGAGUCUACCUUGGAGCUCUGAAGUACGUCCCUCACGCUGUGUACAAGCUCCUCGAGAAUAUGCCUAUGCCCUGGGAGCAAGCUCGUGAAGUGUCUGUCGUGUACCACAACACUGGUGCCAUCUCCUUUGUCGCUGACGUCCCUCGAGUGAUCGAGCCGGUGUAUGUGGCCCAGUGGGGAACUAUGUGGUUGGCCAUGCGAAGGGAAAAACGAGAUCGUCGUCACUUCAAGAGGAUGCGAUUCCCUCCGUUUGACGAUGAGGAGCCUAUCCUGGAUUACGCUGAUAACAUCAUGGACGUGGAACCGACGGAGCCUGUUCAGCUUCAACUCGAUGAAGAUGAGGACGAGCCGGUCUUGGACUGGUUUUAUGAUAGGAACCCUCUUAUGCCCACGGACGAUGGAGAGGCUCCACCAAGUCAACGACAGGUUAACGGUACUUCUUAUAAGAAGUGGCGUUUGUCGUUGGCGCAAAUGUCGGUACUGUAUCGUCUGGCUGGGCAGCUGAUCUCAGAUUUGGUGGACAGAAACUACUUCUAUCUAUUUGAUCUCGAGGCGUUCAAGACUGCCAAGGCGCUGAAUAUGGCGAUACCGGGAGGUCCCAAGUUCGAACCCUUGUACCGGGAUAUGUAUGAGGAGGAUGAGGACUGGAAUGAGUUCAACGAUAUCAAUAAAAUCAUCAUCCGUAAUCAAGUCAGGACCGAAUAUCGUAUCGCCUUCCCCUACCUCUACAACUCCCGUCCUAGAUCGGUUUAUGCUGCUAAGUAUCACGCUCCCCAUUGUUGCUAUGUGAAGCAGGACGAUCCCGAUCUGCCACCGUACGUAUAUGAUGCUGUUAUCAACCCUUUGCCGAUGCAGAAGGCUGAUGAGGGUGAUGAUGAUAAAAUACUAGAUGAUGCUGAAGAUGAAAAUGAAGGAGAGUACGAUGUUUCGGAGGUGUUCAUGCCUGAAGGCGUGGACCCCUUCCUGAGUACCACUCCUUUGUUUACUGAUGACACUUCAUCCGGUAUCGAUUUGCUCUGGGCUCCUCAUCCGUUUAAUAAGCGUUCUGGUCGCACUAGGCGUGCUCAAGAUAUCCCCCUAGUUGGAGAGUGGUUCAAGGAGCACUGCCCCCCCGAGUAUCCGGUGAAGGUUCGUGUGAGCUACCAGAAACUACUCAAGUGCUGGGUACUGAACUCGUUACAUAAUCGUCCUCCGAAGUCGCUGAAAAAGCGAAAUUUGGUUGCCGAAUGCCACAAGCUCAAGUUCUUCAACCGUACUCAGCUGGAUUGGGUAGAGGUUGGUCUGCAGGUGUGUCGACAGGGGUACAAUAUGUUGUCGCUGCUGAUUCAAAGGAAGAACUUGUCGUAUUUGCAUUUGGAUUACAACUUCAAUUUGAAGCCUAUCAAAACGCUUACGACGAAGGAGAGGAAGAAGUCAAGAUUUGGUAACGCUUUCCAUUUAUGUAGAGAAAUCUUGAGGUUGACCAAACUGGUGGUGGAUUCGAAUGUGCAGUAUCGGCUUGGGAAUAUCGAUGGCUUCCAGCUGGCUGAUGGUCUGCAGUAUAUCUUCUCACACGUUGGGCAACUAACUGGUAUGUACCGCUAUAAGUAUAGGCUUAUGCGACAGGUGAGAAUGUGCAAAGAUUUGAAACAUCUGGUGUAUUAUCGAUUCAACUCUGGUGCUGUCGGAAAGGGCCCUGGGUGUGGCUUCUGGGCGCCUAUGUGGCGUGUGUGGUUGUUCUUCUUAAGAGGCAUCGUCCCUUUGCUGGAGAGGUGGUUAUCUAAUCUGCUCGCAAGGCAAUUUGAGGGGCGCGUUACGAAGGGUAUUGCUAAGACUGUCACUAAACAGAGAGUUGAGGCUCAUUUUGAUCUGGAGUUGAGGGCGGCGGUUAUGCAUGACAUACUCGAUAUGAUGCCGGAGAGCGUUAAGGCGAAUAAGGCGCGAACGAUUUUGCAACAUCUCUCAGAGGCUUGGCGGUGUUGGAAGGCUAACGUGCCGUGGAAAGUCCCUGGGCUGGCCGCACCCAUCGAGAAUAUGAUACUGAAAUAUGUGAAGGCGAAAGCUGAUUGGUGGACGAACUCGACGUACUAUAAUAGAGAGCGUAUUAAGAGAGGUGCUACUGUGGACAAGACGCUAUGUAAGAAGAAUUUGGGAAGACUUACGAGGUUGUGGUUGAAGAAUGAGCAAGAAAGGCAACAUGCUUACCGUAAAGAUGGACCCUAUAUUAGUGGUGAAGACGGUGUUGCUAUUUACACUAAUACGGUGCAUUGGUUGGAGUCUCGGAAGUUCUCACCUAUCCCCUUCCCACCGUUAAACUACAAGCAUGAUACUAAGCUGCUCAUCUUGGCAUUGGAGAGGCUCAAGGAGAACUAUGCUGCGAAGGCUAGGCUCAAUCAAACACAGAGGGAGGAGUUGUCGUUGAUCGAGCAAGCGUACGAUAAUCCUCAUGAAGCCUUAUCGCGUAUCAAGAGGCAUUUGCUGACUAUGAGGGCGUUUAAGGAGGUCUCCAUUGAGUUCAACGAUCAGUACUUGUAUCUGGUGCCUAUAUACGACAUAGAUCCUCUGGAGAAAAUCACAGACGCAUAUUUAGAUCAGUACUUGUGGCUGGAGGCGGAUCAACGUAUGUUGUUCCCGAACUGGGUGAAGCCAUCUGAUUCGGAACCGCCACCGUUACUGGUGUAUAAGGUCUGUUGUGGAGUGAACAACAUGACCAACGUUUGGGACACAUCUAAUAAUGAGACCCUAGUUAUGGUUACGACACAGUAUUCGAAGCUGGCGGAGAAGAUCGAUUUGACUUUGUUAAAUCGUCUGUUACGUCUUAUUGUUGAUCAUAACAUUGCUGAUUACAUGAGUGGUAAAAAUAACGUCAACAUUAACUUCAAAGAUAUGAAUCAUAUCAACGGUUACGGUAUAAUCAGAGGAUUGCAGUUCUCAAGUUUCAUAUUCCAGUACUAUGCUCUGGUUGUGGAUCUGCUGGUCUUGGGCCUCACGAGAGCUUCUGAUAUCGCUGGUCCACCGAGGAUGCCAAACGAGUUUAUGCAGUUUACGGAUCUUGCAACGGAACAGAGGCAUCCGAUUCGUCUCUAUUGCCGAUACGUUGACCAGGUUCACAUCCUCUUCCGUUUCACCGAUGAGGAGGCUAAGGAUCUCAUUCAGCGUUUCCUCACUGAGAACCCCGAUCCUAACAAUGAGAAUAUUGUCGGCUACAACAACAAGAAGUGUUGGCCUAGAGACUGUCGUAUGAGGAGGAUCAAGCACGAUGUGAAUCUUGGGCGUGCGGUCUUCUGGGAGAUUCAGAAUCGGUUACCGAGAUCACUAGCGACCAUGGAUUGGGAUACGUCAUUCAUCAGCGUUUACUCCAAGGAUAAUCCGAAUCUACUCUUCAACAUGUGCGGUUUCGAGGUGAGAAUUUUGCCGAAAAUUCGACAGCAGAUGACUGUUGAUGCGGGGGGUCUCGGCUCAACUGGGCAUGGGGAGGCGUGUUGGAAGUUGCAGAACGAGAGGAAUAAGGAGUUGACUGCUACGGCAUAUCUGAGGGUUGAUGAUGAUGGGAUGAAGAAAUUCGAAAAUCGAGUGAGGCAAGUAUUGAUGGCUUCUGGAAGUGUCACUUUCACGAAGAUCGCCAACAAGUGGAAUACGUGUCUGAUUGGGUUGAUGACGUAUUAUCGUGAAGCGGUUAUCCACACUGAGAACUUGCUGGAUCUUCUUGUGAAGUGCGAGAACAAGAUCCAGACUCGUAUCAAGAUUGGCCUCAAUUCCAAGAUGCCUAGCAGAUUCCCUCCGGUGGUCUUUUACACUCCUAAGGAGCUUGGUGGGCUUGGUAUGCUCUCUAUGGGGCACAUCUUGAUCCCACAAAGUGAUCUGAGAGUUAGUCGUCAAACUGAUUCUGGUAUAACUCACUUCCGAGCUGGUAUGUCUCACGAUUCGGAUCAGCUUAUUCCGAAUCUAUAUCGUUAUAUACAGUCCUGGGAAAGUGAAUUCUUGGAUUCACAGAGAGUGUGGGCUGAGUAUGCGCUGAAGAGACAAGAGGCACAAGCUCAGAAUCGUCGACUUACUCUGGAAGAUUUGGAGGAUGCGUGGGAUCGCGGCAUUCCUAGGAUCAACACUCUGUUCCAGAAGGAGCGCCAUACGUUAGCCUACGACAAGGGUUGGAGAGUGAGAAUGGAGUUUAAGCAGUAUCAUGUGAACAGGAACAAUCCGUUUUGGUGGACGCAUCAGAGGCAUGAUGGCAAGCUUUGGAAUUUGAAUAACUAUCGUACUGAUAUGAUUCAAGCGCUGGGAGGUGUCGAAGGUAUUUUGGAGCACACGUUGUUCAAGGGCACAUAUUUCCCGACCUGGGAGGGUCUGUUCUGGGAGAAGGCUAGUGGGUUCGAGGAAUCUAUGAGGUUCAAAAAGUUGACGAAUGCGCAGAAGUCUGGGUUGAACCAGAUCCCUAAUAGAAGGUUUACGCUGUGGUGGAGUCCUACUAUUAAUCGUGCUAAUGUGUAUGUUGGUUUCCAAGUGCAGUUGGAUCUUACUGGUAUCUUUAUGCAUGGUAAAAUCCCCACUUUGAAGAUCUCACUGAUUCAAAUCUUCCGGGCGCAUCUGUGGCAGAAGAUUCACGAGUCAAUCGUGAUGGACAUGUGCCAAGUCUUCGAUCAGGAGUUGGAUGCUCUCGAGAUCGACACUGUGCAAAAGGAGACGAUUCACCCUAGGAAGUCGUAUAAGAUGAACUCCUCUUGUGCUGAUGUCCUCCUAUUCGCCAGCUACAAGUGGAACGUGUCGAAGCCAUCACUGCUGACUGAGCCUAGAGACAAUUUUGAUGCUCAGACGAAGACUACUAAGUACUGGUUAGAUAUUCAGCUGAGGUGGGGUGAUUAUGAUUCUCAUGAUAUCGAGAGAUAUGCAAGGGCUAAGUUCUUGGAUUAUACUACUGAUAAUAUGUCCAUCUACCCGUCCCCAACUGGGUGUCUGUUGGCUAUUGAUCUGGCUUACUCUAUGCACUCUGGCUUUGGAAAUUGGAUUCCGGGUGGAAAGCCGUUGAUCCAGAAGGCUAUGAAUAAGAUCAUGAAAUCUAACCCCGCGCUGUAUGUUCUCCGUGAGAGAAUUCGAAAAGGUCUUCAACUGUACAGCAGUGAACCGACUGAGCCCUAUUUGAAUUCUCAGAAUUAUACUGAGCUGUUCUCUUCGCAAAUUAUAUGGUUUGUGGAUGACACGAAUGUGUAUCGUGUCACCAUUCAUAAGACUUUUGAAGGGAACCUCACGACGAAGCCCGUGAAUGGUGCGAUCUUCAUUUUCAACCCGCGAACUGGUCAGCUGUUCUUGAAGAUUAUCCACACAAGUGUGUGGGCUGGGCAGAAACGACUAAGUCAGUUGGCAAAGUGGAAGACUGCUGAGGAGGUGGCGGCUCUGAUUCGGUCGCUUCCAGUGGAGGAACAGCCGAAACAGAUUAUUGUUACUCGGAAGGGCAUGCUAGACCCUCUGGAGGUGCAUCUGUUGGAUUUCCCCAACAUCGUUAUCAAGGGAUCAGAGCUGCAGUUGCCAUUCCAGGCGCUGAUGAAGAUCGAGAAAUUUGGUGAUCUUAUUUUGAAGGCUACAAAACCUGACAUGGUCUUGUUCAAUCUCUACGACGACUGGCUCAAGACGUGCUCAGGCUAUACGGCUUUCUCUAGACUGAUACUCAUUUUGAGGGCUCUACAUGUAAAUCCAGAUCGUGCUAAGGUUAUUCUGAGACCCGACAAAACUGUGCAAACUCAAAGUCACCAUGUGUGGCCGACUCUCACUGACGAGCAGUGGGUUAAGGUGGAGAACGACAUGAAGGAUAUGAUUCUGUUGGACUAUGGCAAGCGCAAUAACGUGAAUGUCAUGUCGUUGACGCAGUCGGAGAUACGAGAUAUUAUUCUCGGUAUGGAGAUCGCCCCAGUGAGUUUACAGCGACAGCAAAUUGAGGAUAUCGAGCGGCAAGGGCAGCAGUUGAAUGCAAGUACUGAUGGAAGCACUCAAGUUACCUCGGUGAUGACAAGGACGACCAACGUACAUGGUGACGAGAUGAAUGUUGCGACACAGUCCCCGUACGAACAAGCGACUUUCGCUUCUAAAACCGAGUGGAGGGUGAGAGCAAUAUCGAGCACUUCGCUGGCACUGAGGACGAACCAUAUCUAUGUGGCAUCUGAUGAUGUUAAUGAGGCCGGCUAUACUUAUGUUCUCCCCAAGAACGUUCUCAAGCAGUUCAUCACUAUUGCUGAUCUACGUACUGAAGUUGCUGCUUAUAUGUACGGUGUAAGCCCCGCUGACAACCCGAGCGUAAAGGAGGUCCGUUGUCUCGUUAUGGUGCCCCAAGUUGGAAAUCACCAGACGGUUACUCUCCCUAACGCUUUACCUCAUCACGACUAUCUCAACGACUUGGAGCCUCUGGGGUGGCUUCAUACAUGUCCUCAUGAGGAGCAGAGUCUGAGCCCAUACGACUGUGUUAUGACAGCUAAGAUGAUCCACACUGAUCAUCACAAGUCUGCCGGAGGUGCAGGGAGUCGACUUUGGUCCGUUGACACAUGUGUGGUGAUGACGUGCGCCUUCACGCCAGGGUCCUGCUCUUUGACGGCGUAUAGGUUGACACCACCUGGAUACAAGUGGGCGAAGGAGAAUAUCAGUCAGAUUCAGCAGGCCACAACGAACCCGACAGGCUACUUACCGACGCACGCUGAGAAGGUCCAGAUGCUGUUGACUGACAGUUUCUUGGGGUUCUGGAUAGUACCAGAAGGAGGAAUUUGGAACUACAAUUUCAUGGGCAUCAAACACAAGGCGGACAUGGAGUACAAGUUGGUCGUGGACAACCCGAUAGAUUUCUAUCACGAAUUCCAUCGCCGAUCGCACCAUCUCAAUUUCGCCGAGUCGUUGGCCCCAUCGACGAACUCGCUAGCGGCAGAUCAGCGAGAAGGUACGACUAUCGCCGAUCGUGAAGAUGUCUUGGCGUAG